UUGAUAGGAGCGCACGUUGAGUAUACUAGAAGAAUAUGAAUAUUUUGCAAACAGCACAGCGAAUGGCCAUAACACGCUGUCCUCAGGCUGUGAGGGCAGUUUCAGGGCAGGCCCAGGUCCUUGUCAAUGUAAGCGAUAAUGCCACUACACAAGCCAGACCUUACAAGGAGAUCCCACGUCCUGGAAAGAUCGAGUUCAUAAGGUCGUUCAUGCCGGGCGGCGAGUUCCAUGACGCCUCCAUUGUGGAUUACGCGGCAGCGAUGAGAAGUCGUUAUGGCGACAUCUUCAUAAUGCCCGGAAUGUUCGGACGCAAGGAUUGGGUGACCACUUUCAGUACCAAGGACAUAGAGAUGGUGUUCCGCAAUGAGGGAAUGUGGCCCGAGCGAGAAAUGUUUCCAUCGUUUCAAUACUACAGAACUAAACUUAGGCCUGAUGUUUAUGGAGAGCAUCCUGGUCUUGUGGCGGCACAAGCGAAGACCUGGGCCAAAACUCGAUCAGCCCUCAAUCCCAUUUUCAUGCAACCCAAGGGCCUAAGAAUCUACUACGAACCACUUUCCUAUAUCAACAAUGAGUUUAUUGAGAGAAUCAAAGAAAUACGAGAUGCUAAGACCCUGGAGGUGCCUGAUGACUUCAUGGACGAAAUGAGACGUCUGAUCUUCGAUUCCCUCGGUCUGGUGGCCUUCGACCGACAGAUGGGUUUGAUCAGACAGAAUCGGGAUAAUCCCAAUGCUCUGGUUCUUUUUAAUAUGGCAAGAAAAGUGCUGCGAUAUGUCUUCGAUCUGGAUGUCAAGCCAUCGGUGUGGCGGUAUAUCUCAACGCCUGCCUAUAGGAAAAUGAUGAGCACUCUGGACGAGUCCUUGCUGGCUGCACAGAAUAUGCUGAGGGAAACCCAGGAGCUCUUGGCAAAGCGACGACAGUCAGGCGAGGAGGUCAACAGCAACAGCAUGCUGGAGCGGAUGAUGGACGUGGAUCCCAAACUGGCGGUGGUCAUGAGCUUGGACAUCCUGUUUGCCGGAGUCGAUGCCUCGUCUAAUUUAUUGUCAGCUGUGCUCCUUUGCCUGGCCAAGAAUCCGGAGAAGCAAGGGAAGCUGCGGCAGGAACUCCUUAAGAUUAUGCCCACCAAGGACACCCUCCUGAACGAGGAGACCAUGAAGGAUAUGCCGUACCUAAGGGCAGUGAUCAAAGAAGCUCUUCGCUACUAUCCCAAUGGAUUGGGCAACUUGCGCAUUUGCCCCACAGACGUCACUCUCUCUGGUUACAAUGUGCCCAAGGGCACAAACUUGGUUUUGGCAUCAAAUAUUCUCAUGCACGACGAGAACUACUAUUCGGAGCCUGAGAAGUUCCUGCCGGAACGCUGGCUAAGGGAUCCGGCUACUGGAAAGAAGACCCCGAUCAAUCCCUUCACCUUCUUGCCAUUUGGCGCCGGGCCUCGCAUGUGUAUUGGCAAGAGAUUGGUAGACCUGGAAAUCGAGACGAGUGUGGCCAAGCUGAUCAGGAACUUCCAGGUGGAGUUCAACUACGAUUGUAGUCGACCCUACAAGACUUCCUUCCUCAUGGAACCGGCCAUUCCUUUCCGCUUUAAAUUCAGCGAUGUCGAGCAAUGGACAGGUUUUCAGUUGAGCACGAGAAUGAUUAGCCAGAACAGUGCGCGCUCUGUUGCGAUUUUCGUAGGCCCCGUUCGAUCUCUGAGAUCAGCUGCCCCCUUGGCACAAGCUCAGACAGCUGUGGAAUCAAAGCCCUACAAUGAGAUUCCGCGGCCCAACAAAUUUAAAUUCAUGAGAGCUUUCAUGCCGGGAGGCGAGUUCCAAAAUGCUUCAGUGACGGAGUACACCAGUAUUAUGCGAAAACGCUUCGGAGAUAUCUACAUAAUGCCUGGAAUGUUCGGCCGCAAGGAUUGGGUGACCACAUUUAGCACCAAGGACAUAGAGACGGUCUUUCGCAAUGAGGGCAUCUGGCCACAUCGCGAUGGUCUGGACUCGAUCGUAUACUUUCGCCAACACGUUAGACCGGAUGUUUAUAGAGAGGUUCAGGGACUGGUUGCUUCACAAGACGAGACUUGGGGCAAACUGCGUUCAGCCAUUAAUCCCAUCUUCAUGCAACCAAGGGGGCUAAGAAUGUACUACGAACCCCUGUCAAACAUCAACAAUGAGUUUAUAGAGCGAAUUAAGGAGAUCCGCGAUCCCAAGACUCUGGAAGUUCCCGAGAAUUUCAUAGAUGAAAUCAGCCGUAUGAUAUUCGAGUCCCUGGCCCUGGUGGCAUUCGAUCGGCAGAUGGGUUUGAUCAGGAAGAACCGCGAUAAUCCCGAUGCGUUGACCCUCUUCCAGACCACCAGGGAUAUCUUCCGGUUGACUUUCGAGCUCGACUUCCAGCCCUCCAUGUGGAAGGUUAUUUCGACGCCGACUUACAGGAAAAUGAAGAGAACCCUCAACUCCAGUUUGGAUGUGGCCCAGAAAAUGCUGAGGGAAAACCAGGAGGCGCUGGAAAAGCGUCGUCAAGCUGGCGAAAAAAUCAAUAGCAACAGUAUGCUAGAGAGAUUGAUGGAGCUCGAUCCCAAGGUGGCAGUGAUCAUGAGUUUGGACAUCCUCUUCGCCGGUGUGGAUGCCACUUCCACCCUUCUUUCCGCGGUUCUACUCUGUCUUUCGAAACACCCGGAGAAGCAGCUGAAACUGCGAGAGGAGCUCUUGAGGAUCAUGCCCACCAAGGAUAGCCUUCUCAACGAGGAUACCAUGAAGGAUAUGCCCUAUUUGAGGGCUGUGAUCAAGGAGACCCUGCGAUACUAUCCCAACGGCUUGGGAACCAUGCGAACGUGCCAAAACGAUGUGAUACUUUCCGGUUAUACUGUGCCCAAGGGAACCACUGUUCUACUUGGUUCCAAUGUCCUGAUGAAGGAAAGCUCGUUCUAUCCACGACCAGAUGAAUUCCUGCCGGAGCGCUGGCUAAGGGAUCCGGAGACGGGAAAGAAGAUGCAGGUCAGCCCCUUCACCUUCCUGCCCUUUGGCUUUGGGCCACGCAUGUGUAUUGGCAAGCGGGUGGUGGACCUGGAAAUGGAGACCACUGUGGCCAAGCUGAUACGCAAUUUCCACGUGGAGUUCAAUCGGGACGCCAGCAGACCCUUUAAGACCAUGUUCGUCAUGGAACCGGCCAUUGCAUUCCCCUUCAAGUUUACCGAUAUCGACCACUAAUUCCUUGCCCUUAGUUGUGCAAUAAGUUCCUUAUAGCCAUAUAUUUUGUUUACAAUAAAUGUUUUCUUGGUGACAGCCGGCAGAUAA